AUGGCACAGUUAGAUUACCUGUUUCUGGGAUCUGCUGGUAUCUUAAUAACAGCUUUGAUGCUUAUUAUUUUCCGUAUCAUCAAGUUAUAUUUGGAUGAAAGUGUGGCCCGUCGACGUAAGGAGACGUUACGUGCAAUGGCAGUUGACGAACGUGAUAUUAGAAAUAAUGAAAGAAAUGAACGUGAACUUCUCGUUGUUGGUGGACGACGUGUACCAGUCGCACGUCGACGUGUACGUCAUAUUGUAGAUGAAGAAGCUAAUCGUGAUGUGGGAUUGACAAGUGCUGCUUAUCAUGAAAAUGAGGAUUCUGAAGAAGAAUAUGAGGAAUCAUCAUUAGCACAAUUAGCAAAAGACGAAAAUAUUGGUAAGAAGAAAUUGGCGAAACUUCAAGCAAAAGAAGAGCGACGAAAACAACGUGAAGCGGAAUUACUGGAACGUGAAGAACGAAAAAAGCGAGAAAAAGAGAAUGAAGAACGUCUACAAAAAGAACGUGAGGAGAAGGAAAGAGAAGAAGAGGAAGAACGGAAGAGGAAACGUUUAGAGAAAGAAGAACGUGAGAAACGUGAAGAAGAAGAAUAUCGAAAGCUGCGGGAAGAUUUCGUGAUUGAUCAAGAGGGAUUCGAUGAAGUGGAGGAAGAUGAAUCAAGGAACCUUUUGAAGGAUUUCGAAGACUACAUCCGCAACACUAAAGUAGUUAACAUGGACGAAUUGGGUGCUUAUUUCAAUCUGCGUACAGAAGAUGCGAUUGAUCGACUUAAUUACCUAAUGAAAAAUGGUAAUAUUACUGGGGUAAUAGAUGAUCGUGGAAAAUUUAUCUACAUUACUGCUGAGGAACUCCAAGCUGUGGCAAAGUUUAUCAACCAGCGGGGUCGAGUAUCGAGGACAGAACUCGUCGAUUAUAGCAACAAACUGAUUUCUUUAGAGUCAAGACCAGUAAAACAUUCAUCAAGUUAA